CUGCGUGGGCUUGCGCCUGCGCGGCGCGGAUGGACCAGGAAGAAGCCUUACCAGGGCGCCCUGUAAGGCAGACAGGAGGACGUACGCGACGCUACGUGCGUGUGUGCGCGCGCACGGCUUGUAGUCCCCGCGAGAGGGAGGGUCGAGCCAGGUUACCACCAAAGAACAUGAUUUUGGUCUAGGGGCUCCAGUUUCUGAAGCUGAAAAAUACCAGAAUAUUCUCCAGCUAGAGCAAGAAGUGAGAAAUCAAGACAAAUUCAUCUCUACACUGAAAUUACAGGCAUUUGGAUACCUUCGUGAUAGAAAAGGCCCUUUUCUUCAUCCAUUGAUGGUUUGCUAGUGGGCUGGGAAAGGAAGCUGUGGUCCUCCACUUUAGUCAGCAAAUACUUGAUUGAUUUGGUAUCAGUAUUUAGCUUAGUCAAAUUGAAGAUCUCAAACAGACAAAUCAUGGGUUGGAAGAAUAUGUUAAGAAACUCUUGGAUAGUAAGGAGGUGGUAAGCAGUCAUGUAGAUGAUUUAACCAGCCACAAUGAGCAUCUUUGUCAAGAAUUGAUUAAAAUUGACCAACUAGCAGAGCAACUAGAAAAAGAAAAAAAUUUUGUGGUGGAUACCGCUGACAAGGAACUUGAAGAAGCAAAGAUUGAGCUCAUUUGCCAGCAAAAUAAUAUAAAAGUAUUGGAAGAUACAAUAAAAAGGCUCAGAUCUACUUGAUUCCUUUGUCAAAACUUUAGAAGCAGACAGAGAUUACUACAAGAGUGAAGCUCAAAAUUUGAGAAGGAUGAUCAGAAGUAGAUCUAAAAGCCCACGACGCCCAUCUCCAUCUUCUCGGGGUACAAACUGUGAUGUAGAGCUUUUGAAGACAACUAGAGACCGUGAAGAACUCAAAUGCAUGCUGGAAAAAUAUGAGCGUCAUUUGGCAGAAAUUCAGGGUAAUGUCAAGGUUCUCACAUCUGAGAGAGACAAGACCUUUCUUCUGUAUGAGCAGGCACAGGAAGAAAUUGCCCGACUUCGACGAGAAAUGAUGAAAAGCUGUAAGUCUCCUAAAUCAACAACAGCACAUGCUAUCCUCCGGCGGGUGGAGACUGAGAGAGAUGUGGCCUUCACUGACUUGCGAAGAAUGACCACAGAACGAGACAGUCUGAGGGAGAGGCUAAAGAUUGCCCAAGAGACAGCAUUUAAUGAGAAGGCUCACUUGGAACAAAGGAUAGAAGAGCUGGAGUGUACAGUUCAUAAUCUUGAUGAUGAACGUAUGGAGCAAAUGUCAAAUAUGACUUUGAUGAAGGAAACCAUAACCACUGUGGAAAAAGAAAUGAAAUCACUAGCAAGAAAGGCAAUGGAUACUGAAAGUGAACUUGGCAGACAAAAAGCAGAGAAUAAUUCUUUGAGACUUUUAUAUGAAAACACAGAGAAAGAUCUUUCUGAUACUCAGCGACACCUUGCUAAGAAAAAAUAUGAGCUACAGCUUACUCAGGAGAAAAUUAUGUGCUUGGAUGAAAAAAUUGAUAAUUUUACAAGACAAAGUAUUGCCCAACGAGAAGAAAUCAGCAUUCUUGGUGCAACCCUCAAUGAUUUGGCUAAAGAAAAGGAAUGCCUGCAAGCAUGUUUGGAUAAAAAAUCUGAGAAUAUUGCGUCCCUUGGAGAGAGUUUGGCAAUGAAAGAAAAGACCAUUUCAGGCAUGAAGAAUAUCAUUGCUGAGAUGGAACAGGCAUCAAGACAGUCUACUGAAGCCCUCAUUAUGUGUGAACAAGACAUUUCCAGAAUGCGCCGGCAGUUGGAUGAGACAAAUGAUGAGCUGGCUCAAAUAGCCAGGGAGAGGGACAUCUUGGCUCAUGAGAAUGACAAUCUCCAAGAACAGUUUGCUAAAGCUAAACAAGAAAACCAGGCACUGUCUAAGAAACUGAAUGAUACUCAUAAUGAACUUAGUGACAUUAAACAGAAGGUUCAAGACACUAAUCUGGAGGUUAAUAAACUGAAGAAUAUAUUAAAGUCUGAAGAAUCUGAGAACAGGCAAAUGAUGGACCAACUCCGAAAAGCCAACGAAGAUGCUGAAAACUGGGAAAAUAAGGCCCGUCAGGCAGAGGCAGAUAACAAUACCCUCAAAUUAGAACUGAUCACUGCUGAGGCAGAGGGGAACAGAUUAAAAGAAAAAGUAGAUGCCCUCAAUAGAGAGGUCGAGCAGCACUUAAAUGCAGAACGGUCUUACAAGUCCCAGAUUGCUACUUUACAUAAGUCUGUUGUAAAGAUGGAAGAGGAGCUUCAGAAGGUUCAGUUUGAAAAAGUGUCUGCCCUUGCAGAUUUGUCUUCCACAAGGGAACUUUGCAUUAAACUUGACUCAAGCAAAGAACUUCUUAAUCGACAGCUGGUUGCUAAAGAUCAAGAGAUAGAAAUGAUGGAGAAUGAGUUGGAUUCUGCUCGUUCUGAAAUAGAACUCCUCAGGAGUCAGAUGACAAAUGAGAGAAUCUCCAUGCAGAAUCUAGAAGCUUUGCUGGUGGCCAAUAGAGACAAAGAAUAUCAGUCUCAGAUAGCACUUCAGGAAAAAGAAUCUGAAAUUCAGCUUCUCAAAGAACACCUUUGUUUGGCAGAAAACAAAAUGGCCAUCCAGAGUAGGGACGUGGCCCAGUUCAGGAACGUCGUGACGCAGCUGGAAGCUGACCUGGACAUUACAAAGAGACAGCUGGGGACAGAGCGCUUUGAAAGGGAGAGGGCUGUGCAAGAACUCCGCCGCCAGAAUUACUCAAGUAAUGCUUAUCAUUUGAGUUCCACAAUAAAGCCAAAUACAAAAUGCCAUUCACCAGAACGUACUCACCAUCGAUCUCCUGACCGAGGCCUGGAUCGAUCAUUAGAAGAGAAUCUUUGCUAUAGAGAUUUCUGACACAUGGAAAGAUUCUUCACAUCCUUGGGAGAGGUCAAAGUUUCAAACUGAUUUUUUUUUUGCUAUAUGAUUGCAUUUAUCUUUUGAAUGCUUGACAAUGUUAAAUGAAUUUAUUAACGUCAUGCCUCUGAAUCUCUGUUUUCAUGUGCCGUGCCAUACCGCAGUGAUCUGAGAUGACUUAUAAACAUAAAAAUGUAUAUGGCCCUUUCUAUCCAUACAGUAAUAGUGAGUGUAAAAUCUGCUUACUUCACUAUUGACGACUGUUGUGUUAACUAUCCGGAGUAAAUAAAGAAGCUUAUAAAAAGAGGGCAAAGUGUUUU